AUGGUAUUGACUUUUCUACCUGGUCAGCCGAAUAAUACACAAGAAACCGUAUGUCAGGAAAACUGGCAGGGCCAUACAAUUUUAACCUACUGUUCCGGCAACAACCUAAUCAUAUUAACAAAGAAUUUUGAAAAUUUACAAACCAUUUAUUUAGAAAAAGACUGCAAUUGUGUAGACAUUAAUAGGAACAAUGGUUUCAUUGCAAUUGGUGCAGAUAAUCAAGUUUUAAUUUAUAAACCAUUGACAAGCAUUUUCCCAAGGGAAAAACAACAAAAGUGGGUUUUUUGUUGUAAAAUAUUCCAUGACGAUUCUAAAGUUAAUUGCUUAAAAUGGAGUGAAGUUGAAGGGCAAAAUGAGCUAGUAAUUGGCUCAACAUAUUUAUCUUUAUGGAGGAUAGAUGAUGUAUUUGGUGCCUAUAAACCUGUAUUAUUAUGGACCAAGAACCAACCUUGUCCUGUCUAUAGAGUUGAUAUUACCCAAGACUCACAAUUGAUUUCAAGUAUGGGGAAGUAUGAUUCGACCGUCAAAAUAUGGAAAAGAAUUUCAAUUGGAAGUGACGUCUCUCUUUUUGAUUUGACAAUAUUACCACAUCAAAAACAAACUAAUAGCUCUGAGGGCGAAACACCCGUAUACGUCACCAGUUUCAGAUGGAAACGGUUAGAAGAUUUUAAAUUAGAAAGUUCUUAUGUCCUUUACACACUAACUACAGGGGGUAAUUUUUUGGUAUGGGCUAUAUAUAACAAUGUAGACAAUAACAAGAUUAUAGAACGAUGGGGCAGUUUCAUCUUAGAGCCUACUCAUGAGUUUGUCAUUGUACUAGACAACAGAGUACUGAAAAAAGCUAUACAUAAUACUAAUACCAGCGAUUUCGUCCUAACCGCCAGCCCAAAUGCAGAACUUAAUAUCUACGAAUUGAAAAACUUAUCUUUAAAUCCACCAAAAUUAAUGACAAUUAACAGAAUUGGAACCAAAAAGAUUUCCAAGCCAUCAUUUGUGGAAAAUCCCGAAUUUAUAUAUUAUCCAGAACCACAAUUGUAUGAAAACACAAAUUUGCUUUCGAUAGUUGUGCAUGAUGUACAUGGUGUCAUAAGACAUUCCUUGCUUCAUCCGAAAGAAUUAAUCAACAGCAAUACCAGUGAGGAAAUUGUGUUGGAAUCCGGAACAGAUAAAGGAUUACUUGAGGUUGGGCUAUUGAAACAUAAAUUUACCGGUCAUUAUAAAUCAAUACAAAAAUUAGUAAGAUCCUCCGGCGGUGAUAGUGUUUUGUCAAUUACAAGAUAUAAGGAGGAAAAUUGUUUGUGGAUUCCACAAACCUUGAAUGGUUGCGUUAGUUUAAGGAAAUCAAAAAUUUUGAGUACAGAAUCACCUAUAUUAAAUGCGGUUGUCUUAGAGAAGGGCAGUAUUAUAGUACUAUUGCUAGCCAAUUUUAAACUACAGAUUUGGAAUUGUGGCGAAAAUUUGUCCAGUAAGAAGGCUUUAUUGACAUGUGAGUACGAACUAGAAUUAAAGGAAGAGGUUCCCUUAGUAAUGGCAAAUGCUCCCGAAAAGGUACACAACAAAAAUAGACAUUUCGUUGUUUUAGUUUAUAAAAACGGGACUACUGUUGCUUUUAAGGUGCAAAAUUUCCAGUUAGCGCCUAUAAAGAGUGAUAACUUAAUCAGCAACGAGAAAGAUGAAGAAAUUUAUUUAAUUAGUUCCAUCGAUCCCGUCUCCCAUCAACAUAACUCGGAGAGAAGCAUUUUUUCGAUGGUAACCAAGGAGGGGUUGGUAAAAUGUUUUAAAUCCUAUUUUGAAAUCAAUGAGAGUCAAGACCCGGCAUGGCAUUUAAAGUGGCUACAAACUUCUACUUUAAAUACCGGUUUAGAAAAUGUUUCACAGAUAAGAGGUUCUUCCAUUGAUAAGAUGGCAUGUGUUGAUAAAUCCCAAAAAGAAUUUUCUAUAUGGGAUCUGAAAAGGGGGGUUUUGGAAUACAAGGAAACUUUUAGCGACAAAAUAAAAGAUAUAGACUGGACAAGUACCCCUCAGGAACAAAGCAUUGUUUCGAUUGGAUUUGAAAACUAUUCUUUGAUGUAUACACAACUAAGAUACGACUACACCAACGAUCAUCCCAGCUAUGCCACACUACAGAAAAUUGAUCUUACAGCAUAUACUACACACCCAAUUGGGGACUCUACAUGGUUAUGUGAUGGGACCUUUAUAUUGGCUACUGGUAAUCAGAUUUUUAUUAAAGAUAAAAUUUUGGAUAUAGAAAAUGAUUCUAUUGCUAGACAAUCCAUUGGUUCCAGGAAACUUAAAAGUAAUGAUCUUUUCCACUUGUGCUCUGUAUUGAACGGCACAUUGCCAGUAUAUCAUCCGCAAUUUGUUGUCCAAGCUAUAUUCAAUGGGAAAAUUAAUUUGGUGAAGGAGAUUUAUUUACGGUUGUUUGUUCAAAUCCGUGAAUUGGAAUGGAAAUCAAAAGAUAUUAUAAACUUGGAUUCCUUACUGGGCAUGCAAUUUGAUAAGUUUACUAUCUCUGAUGAUUCUCAGUAUAAAUUUAAUUCGGACGAGUACGAAGAACCAUACAACAAAUUUAAUCAAGAUUUGGUUGACUUGCUUAGUGAAAAAUUAUCCAAAGUGCCGCUACCUUAUGUGACGAGACAUCAACAAAUGACUUUAAUCACAGUUUUGGAUUCUUUAAUGGAAAUUGAUAAGCUAGGGAGCUCAAUUGAUGAAUUUGGUAUCAACUUCAUAGUAAGUAUGAAAUUGUUUCAAGGACAUAAGCAAGUGCAAAAAACAUUAACCAUGAGGGAUGUCUCUUGGGCAUUGCAUUGCAAUCAAAAAGACAUUUUGUUAAGUCUAAUGAACGGGCCUCGGCUAACUUUGGAAAGGGCAAAAGAAUACAAAUUAGCAUAUUGGAUUCGUCAGGAGGAUUUGCUACAGAAAUUUGAAGAGAUUGCGAGAAUUGAAUUUUCUAAAGAUGAUAAAAGAGAUCCAAAUAGCUGUAUGAUUUAUUAUUUGGCUUUAAAAAAGAAACACAUAAUUAUUGGACUAUGGAAAAUUUGUGCGGGACACCCCGAACAAAGGAAAAUGUUGAACUUCUUGAAUAAUGACUUUAGAGAGGAACGUUGGAGGAAAGCUGCAUUGAAAAAUGCCUACGUUUUAUUAAGUAAACACAGAUUCCUUUUGGCGGCAUGCUUUUUCCUACUAGCUGAUGCUCUAAAGGACUGCGCCACGGUCUUAAUCAGGCAAUGCAAUAAUUUGGAUUUGGCUAUUGCAACCUGCCGUGUCUAUGAGGGUGAUAACGGCCCUGUCUUGUCUUUUAUUUUAAAAACGUAUGUUUUGGCUGACGCCAUUAUAUCCAACGAUCGUUGGAACUCAAGUUUUGUAUAUUGGAAAUUAAUGCAAAAGGACCUAUCUAUUAGAAGUUUGAUUCAGUUUCCAUCUAAAUUCAAAGAAAAUGCAGCUUUAAUAAAGGACAAGUGUUUGCUUGUUAAUAAAUCGUUUUUGGUAGAAGACCCUGCAUUAUUGAUUUUGUACCGGAAGCUAAAAGAAACUAACGUGAAAUAUUUGGCUGGAAUCUUGGACAUUGAGGAGAACUUGGAAUAUUCACUUGUUCAGAAAGUAUGUGAGAUUUAUCAGCGUAUGGGAUGUGACUUUUUGGCCCUGGAUUUGGUUGAGAAUUGGAAGUUUAUUAAUAAGAGCGAAUUCCUUGUAGCCAAAAAUGGUGCAAGGGGGGAUAUUAAUGGGAAAUCCAAUUUUAUUUUUAAUAGUAGAACCAAUAUUUUAAAGCCGAGUAUAUUUGAUAAAUUUAAUAUGCAAAAUGAUACUGCCUCACAUUUGCAUGCCGUAUCCUAUGAUUCACCAAGCAUCUUGAGCCAAUACGAUGAUAAUAAUAUGUCUACUUCGAAUGAAAUAUCAGACAGUUGCAACACUUCUAAGCCAAGAAAUGUACUGGAUGAUUUUAGUGAGCCAACCCACAACAAUUCGUUGAAUAUUUCUACUAUACCCGCACCGAAGAGUCUGUUGGAUGACUUUAAUGAUGUGAAACCCAAACCUCCAUUAAAUGGCUUUACUACAAACAAGGUCAAAUUAGAACCGGAAAAGGCUCCAGUUGCAAAUAAUAAACCAAGAAAUUUAUUAGACGAUUUUAUGUAG